AAAAACACAAUUUGUAUUAUUUGUGAAAAGACAUUAAUAAGAAGAAUGGCAACAAAUAUGAGUGAUGAACUCCCAGUUGUGAAGUUUUGUUCGGAGAAUUUGAAGAGUGGAACGAAGGAAUGGGUUUUCACAAUGAAGAAAGUUCGAGAAGCUCUUGAAGAUUAUGGUUGUUUUGUAGCAUUAUACGACAGCGUUUCGGCAGAAGUAAGUUCGAAUAUGUUUGAUUCUUUAAAAGAAUUGUUCGAUGAUGUUCCAUUGGAGAGGAAGCUUCAAAAUGUUUCUGAGAAGCCAUACCAUGGCUACUUUGGUCAAAAUCCUCUAAUGCCAAUCCAUGAAAGUAUGGGUAUCGAACACCCCAUUCUCCCCACCAAUAUCAAUUCCUUCACUAAUCUCAUGUGGCCUUCUCGUGGAAACGACUCUUUCCGUGGAAGUGUGACGACGUAUGCGAAAUUGGUAUCGGAAUUGGACGAAAGGGUGAAAAGGAUGGUGUUUGAAAGCUAUGGGGUUGGGAAUGCAUUAAAAAGUCAUAUGGAAUCAACAAAAUAUCUUAUGAGAAUGAUAAAAUAUAGAGUCCCAAAGGAAAAAGAGAUGAAUUUGGGAGCUUUUCCUCAUACUGAUAAGAGCUUUCUCACAAUUCUUCAUCAAAAUGAAGUCAAUGGUUUGCAAAUCAAAACAAGAGAUAACAAAUGGAUUCAAUAUCAUCCUUUUUCUUCAUCUUCAACCUCAUCUUUCAUUGUCAUGGCUGGAGAUGCUUUCUUUGCAUGGAGCAAUGGGAGGAUUUACUCACCACCACAUAGAGUGAUAAUGAGUGGAAAUAGAGAGAGAUAUUCAGUUGGAUUGUUUUCAUUCAACAAUGGAAUUGUUCAAAUUCCUAAAGAAUUGGUUGAUGAUAAACAUCCACAAUUGUUUAAACCCUUUGAUCAUCAAGACUAUCUUCGUUUCUAUAGCACCGAGAGAGGCCAAAAUUCUCCUUGUGCUAUCAAAGCUUAUUGUGGAGUUGGAAAUAGUCUCGUUGAUAUGGAUACUCGAAGUCCUCUUCUCUUGCAUUGAUUAACAAAUUCAUCGCUUCCAUGUAAUUGUUGUAGUUCAUUUAAAAUGACUUUAAUUUUAAGUACUUAUAAAAAAACACUUAAAAAGUCAUUCUAAACAAAUAGAUAGUCUCUCAUUAAGAAUUUUGGGAUGCAUCACCGUAAAUGAUGAGGUUUUAGUUGUUAAUAGCUUGAAAGAACCAUUUUCAUAUGCUUUUGAUCUUGUUAUGUGUAUAAAGUUUUGUGUAAAGUGUGUAAAAUUACUAUUUAUCUGAGAAAGUAA